ACUUGAUAAUUAUCUUCAAAAUAUAUAAAAAUAAGCAAAGCUUGCACGGAUACUCUAAUGUCAUGUUGUCUCUACUGUUGCCGUGAGCAAAAUAUACAACAAGCUGGCCACAGUAUAUCUUGAAAAUCCGUUUCAUAAUUAUAUCUUGUUAUGUAGCAGUAGGAACAGGAGUCACAGGACUCAAAUGGUUCUACAAUGAAUAAUUUAAAUCAUUCUAACAGGUAUGAUCUUUUUUACUAUUCAUGUUGUUGGUUUUAUUCUCUUGUAGUUCAAGACGAAGUGUUUCUGUAAGUUUAGUCCUGGCUAUAUAGCAUUUUUUAGCAAAUUAAAGUUAGUGUCUAAAAAUAUAGUUGUAAUGAAGGUUUUCUUGUAGUUUUGAUUAGUGAAACUCAUCUUUGAAUGCUUGAUACCUAUCAAUCAAUUUUUGGUCUAUCUAGAGCAUGUUUGUCAGACUCUCAAUUCUUUCAGUAAUUCAAAUGACUUCAGAACCAAGUUGACUAGAUUGAUUCUAUGAACAUUAUGAUUUUAGUCAGUAGAAUCUACAUUUUGUGAUUCUAGUUGUUUUGCUUCUGUCAAUUGUGAUCUUCCUAGACACCUGCAAUCUGAUUAUUAUGAUUUUGUGAUUCUACAUUUUGCGAUUUUGAUAACCUUGCUCUAGAUCUCAAUGAGUUGUGGUUAACUGAUGAACUGACAAUCUUGAUGGGUUGACAGUCCCCAACAAUUGUUCUCUUCUUUUUCUUGUUAUAUAUUGUAAAUCAUUCAUCAAUUAAAUAAGAUAAUAAGUCCCAGAAUAUAUGGCACUGUGGAUCAACAUUCUCAAAUUACCAUAGCUUUGUCAAGUCUAUAGUCUACUCCCUCUGUUCCAAAUUAUAGGUCGUUUUGGCAUUUAUGGUGCAUAAUUUUUGCUAUGUAUCUAGAGAUAGUGUACAUCUAGGUGCAUAACAAAAAUUAUGAACCUAGAAAUGCCAAAACAACCUAUAAUUUGAAACGGAGGAAGUAUAUGGUACUACUGAUAUGUCAUGUCUGAUUAUACCAUUGCUUUGGCAUCAUAGAUAGAAAAACGAGAUAUAAACCAGAGGCAGAUCAAGAUAUAUUUGCACCCUCUAAUGUUUCAUGUGUUCAGUAAUCAACUUACACUGAUGCAAUACAAUUUUUUUCUUACAAUUUUCUAUCAAGAAUUGAUCCAUCCAAGGACCUGUCAGGUAAUGAGGUAAGCCUAUCUUGUUUCUUGUGCCUAGCCGGGGAACAAAUACCACAAAGCUAAGGUUUCAAUACUAUUGUUCUUCAACUAAUGACUAGUGGGAGUUCAGAUACCAUGCCCAUUGACUGUCUAAAAACCGUUUGGUAUUAGGUAUGGUAGUUCCAACACUUAUACUAGACUUAGUUUAACAGAAUUCCAUAUCUUGGAUCUGUUUCAUAUUCUGACUAUUUAGCUUGUCUGUGGCAGUGUUUACAGAUUAUAUCUUCCAUUCUUUCUAAAUGUUCUUUAUGUUCAUAAAUUGUACAUUAAUUUUGACAAAAAAUCACUCUUUAUUUCUAUUUUUUAUGUACUUGAUUUGCAGUUUCCAUUGAUACAUAUUACAUACAGCUCAUUGCGCAAACUUUAAUAUUCCACAGAAUCAAUCUAAGCAUGUUCGUACUCUUCUUGUAAACAACAAAUUUAAUCUGCUGGACAGAUGUUCCAUGGUCUGGCAUUGUUACUACCGGGACUGUUAUCAUUCUACAUGCCAAUUUUAUGUCCUCAGAAAUUGGAACACAUUCUGUAUGCUGGAGCAUCGCAGAUGUGAGGUCUUGGUGGUUUUUUAUAAUAUCUUAUCCAAUCAUCAUGCUUUUGCUCUUAAGCCACAUAUUUAUAAUCAGUCAUCUUUCCUGUGGGAUUCCCUACUUUUAUGCAAGCGCACAACCAACACAGGGCACCAAACGUUUUGAUGCUAGAUUUUUGAUUCUCCACAAUGACAUCAUGAUUCCAGGCACUGUACUUAUUAAUGAUAUGUAUUGCUUAAGGGAUAGUAAAACCCGAGAGGCAGGGAGGGGAAGAGGUAAGGGGAUGCGGACAGGGAUUGAGAGGAGGUGAGCGCAUCAGGAUAUUAGGAAAAUCAACAUCUACCAUUCUCCUCCAAAAGGAUUCCAGCACAACUCCCCUUUUCGACUUCCUAUCAGAAGUUGCAAUCCUGCAUCUUUUUGUACUCGGAAAGACUAAAGCUGGAGCCACUUGAGAUGUGGUGAAAGCAAGAAGCAUCUUUCGAAAGGAAUAUCGAACUUUUGGACUGAUGCAGUGAUGCUGGCUACAGACGAUAUUCUUUUGUUCACUCCGAUCGAAUGCAGCUCAGGCUUCAAAGAUGUUUUGCACCUCCUCGAACAUAUGAAAGACAUUUGAAGGAAUUGGUCAAUGAGGGUCAUCAAAGGAUUAUUUUCUCCUUGAUGUCGGGAAUAGGGAGCUCAAUUAAUACAAGGCGUGUGAUGGCUUGGUUGCAUAGAAGCAACAAUUUUGCUGAUGGUGCAGAUUGUGCCGCAUGUCACCAACGGCUUUCUAUCAGUAAUAAGGUGUUUGAGGAGGCGCUGGCGAUGUAUGACAAAGACACGCCAGACCGCUGGCAGAAAGUGGCACAGGCAGUGGGCGGGGGAAAGACGGUCGAUGAUGUGAAGAUGCAAUACAAGGAGCUGACUAAAGACGUCAAGGAAAUGGACACCGCAGGCCUCCAGAAUUUUCAGUAUGGCAGCAGCAGCAACACAUCCAUGGGUGGCAGCAGCAGCAACGGGCAGCUGAGAGGCUGAAGUACCCCAAGCUCCAGUGGUAAUAAUGCAAGUAUGCAGUUUCCAGCUUGCAAAGCUACCCUAAAUGCACUAUGAUCUACAUGAUGAUUGUGAAGGUGGUCCUCUUGCCUGCCCCAGCUAUACUAAAGCUUGCUCCUACCCAUCUCAAGUCGGAGACAUAAUCGAGUUGCGCUUCGGAAUUGUACCUUUCGUAUUUUGUAUCCAUGUUUACGUGUGUGUCUUCGUGUGCUUGUUUGUUGUGUCCCGCCACGAGCACUGUCCACCUAGCUAGCUCUAUGUAGCGGCAGCUAGCGGCAGUGGUGCUGCCGGGAGGUAUCGGAUUGGACGUUUGCAUGUUUGGUGUGGUGUGUCCCGUGGUAGCCUUAUCUGCCCCCGUUUCGCCGGAUUGUGGUAUUGAAGUUCAAGUCUAUGGACCACUCAUUACAGGUGCCGACUCUUGGUC